AUUCAGAUCUGGUAUAUGUACAAAUAUCGACUAUUGGUUUCGAUUAGUUUCGAGAUCUUCAGCCAUCAUGACCGAAGUGAGGUUAGUCUGUAUGUAUCUUGCUGUGCAGAAACGAACAGCGGUGAAGCCCUUAUUGUGAUCUACACUAUUAUCCACAACUCUCUGCCUAUGGCCCAUCAUUACAAAAGUGGCCGUUUAAAAGACACGUUAUAAAAUUUGAACUGUUCAUUGUUGAGUAGAAGUUGUGUCUCCUGAUCUCCUCGCCAUCACGACUUGUCAUGGAGUCCCCAACUACCGCCCCCACGCCAGAAAGCUCUCCGAAAACCAGUUACCCACCCACUUGCGAGAAUUCACUUUCAGAUUUCCUUGGCUCUCAUCCACAUGUCCAGUUUAUCCGCUACCAGUGGGUUGACCUGUCGGGUAUUUUACGGGCACGUUGCUUGCACAAAACUCAUGCCUUGAAGCUUGCUUGUACAGACCAGCCUCUACGAUGCGGUCCUAUCACAUUACAGGCUCUCGCUGACAAUUCCAUCAUGCCUGAUCUACCUCGCUCCGGUGUGCACGAGUUACAUCCCGACUGGUCUUCCUUGCGGACCCUUGGCUGCGGUCGUAGUGCUGCCAAUGCAACGGUAAUGUGCAGCAUUAUCGAGAGACUCCCUCAGGAUGAAAAUCGUCCAAAUUCCUCCAAAUGCCCUCGGCAGGCAUUGUCCGAGAUUUUAAAUCUGGCAGCUCGCCGGUGGGGUAUCCAAUUCCUGGUUGGGUUCGAGGUGGAAUUGGUUAUCCUCCAGGACAAUAACAACAGGAAGGAUGGCGACCCUCUCCUCGUGCCACUUGGUUCUGGUCCAGGGCAUUACUGUGUUGCAUCCAUGCGCGAACCAUCGUUUCAGUAUCUGGAAGAAUGUGUGACAGAGCUCAUAAGCGCUGGAGUAUCGAUACAGGAUUUUCAUGUUGAAGGGACGACAGGGCAGUUUGAAAUAGCUCUUGCACCACUUCCCCCAAUUCAGGCUGUCGAUGAGCUAGUUCGAGUGCAUGACAUGGUCAAGACCACCGUCAAAAAGCACGGAUACAUUGCCACCAUGGUGCCAAAACUCCCGCAGCUGCACCAAGGCAGCGGAGAACAUAUUCAUAUUUCUCUCUCGCCCACCGAUCACGAAGAUUCCUUCUUGGCAGGUAUGCUGCACCAUUUGCCCGGAAUAUGUGCCGUCACUAUGCCUUUUGCGCAAUCGUACGAACGGGUUGGCAGGCUUGAGGCCGGCGAACGAGCGGAUUGGGGCACAGAAAACCGUGAUGUAGCCGUGCGCAAGAUCGAGCCUGGUCACUGGGAGAUCCGGUGCGCCGAUGCCACUGCCAAUAUGUAUCUAGCAUUAGCCACCCUUCUGGCUGCUGGUUUGCUAGGAAUUAAGUGUCAGCGACCCCUGCGAUCCUCCGAUGUGUCCCUAGCCUCGGAUGCGACUGUCGCUGAUUCGGUUGAUAUUCCUGAGGAAUUGCCUCGGACCUUUGGGGAUGCUCUGCAGCUUUUAAAAGCCUCAUCACCGGACCUAGCCCAGCUCUUGCAUAAUGAUAUUCUCAACUAUUAUGUGGCGGUGAAACAAGUUGAAUCUAUGCGGAUGGCCCAAUUGGAUCAAGACCAAGUUGACCGGCUCAUGGUCACAUUUUUCUAGCGGAUACUAAUUCACAAUUAAAUCGAAAGAAAGUAUUUAAAUUUUGGGGGAGGUGGCGCACUUAAGAGACGUUCUUGUUUCCCUGCGAGUAAUUCGAGUCUGAGAUGCUGGUAGCAAUAGAAAGGACCCAUUCAAUAGCUGCUGGCGUUGCUCAAGGAACCCAUUUUUCGUCCCCCGCUAAAUCAUCCACUCCCGGGAGCUGCAGGUCCUCUUGAGAGCUAUUGUCAGGGGAUGAAAAGAACAGAAUAUUGAUGAAAUGUUGUAGCGUCGGCUUCUCAGCCUCAAGGCAUCAGGUGUCUCUGGUGCUAGGGUUUGCGAGCGCGCGAUUUCUGAGAUUUCGGUCCAACACCUAUGCUGGCCUUGAGACAGAGUCCACAUGCUUAGCUCGGAC